AUGCAAUUUAAUGGAGAAGGCAGCACAAAAACUGAAGCAAAGCUUAACGGAAGCUUCUGCCAGAUGAGUAUGGCCUUCAUCUGUGUUAGACCAUUUACUUUUCUUAGGGAAAUUAUCAUAGGGAAACCCACAACAAGACCCCCUGCUUGUCUUCAUGAAUACCUUAAGUUCAUUCCAAAAGAACAGAACAUGAGUACAGACCAAAUCCGCGAACCACUGUAUACCCAUGUUCUGCAUCAAUGCGCCCUGCCACCACUGUGCCCAAAAGAAAGGCUGAAAGGGGAUGCUAAAGGAGACAAAGCCAAGAUGAAGGACGAGCCACAGAGAAGAUCUGUGAGGUUGUCUGCUAAACCUGCUCCUCCAAAGCCAGAGUCCAAGCCUAAAAAGGCCCCUGCAAAGAAAGGAGUGAAGAUACACCAGGGGGAAAAGGAGAAAGCCUAUACCAGUAAGGAUGAGAAUAAUCCUGCAGAAGACGGAGAUGCCAAAACAGACCAGGCACAGAAAGCUGAAGGUGCUGGAGAUGACAAGUGA